AUGACGCUUCCCCAGACAACAAAGGCCAUCGUCAAAAAGGCCACCGGCAAGGUCGCCAUCGAAGAAGUGCCCCUCCCCAAGCUCCGCGACGGCUUCGUGCUCGUCAAGACAAAGGCCGUCGCCAUCAACCCCACGGAUUGGAAGUCCAUCGACAACGAAGACCCCAAGACCAUUGGCGCGAGGAGCGGGUGCGACUUUGCGGGCGAGGUCGUCGCCGUCGGGGCGGGCGUGGACAACUUCAAGGUUGGGGAUCGGAUUGCGGGCAUGAACCCUGGACUAAACGCCGUUGAGCACGAAGACGGCUCGUACGCCGAAUACUGCAUCAGCCAAGCAGACGUCCAAUUCCACAACCCCUUCAGCGACGAAGAAGGCGCCUCCCUCGGCAUCUCAACCUUCACAGUCGGCCAAGGCCUCUACCAAAGCCUCAAGCUCGCCCUCCCCUCAGACCCCCUGCCCACCCCCGAGCCCAUCCUCAUCUACGGCGGCAGCACCGCCUCGGGCAUCCUCGGCAUCCAGUUCGCCAAGCUCUCCGGCUACAAGGUCAUCACCACGGCGCGCCCGCACAACUUUGAGUACCUCAAGUCGCUCGGCGCCGACGCCGUCUUCGACUACCGCUCGCCCACCGUCGUGGACGACAUCCGCGCCGCGGCGGGCGAUAAGCUGAAAGUCGCGUGGGACUGCAUCUCGCUCAAGGAGUCGGCCAAGAUCUGCGCGGGCGCGCUGUCCGACGAGGGCGGCAAGCUGGGCAUGCUGCUGGGCAUCGACACGGCGGUCGUGCACUCGAUUAACCCCAACAUUGAGGUGUCGCGGACGCUGGGGUACUCCAUCUUUGGCAAGCCGUAUGAGCGGUAUGGCGACAGGUCCGAGGGCAGUGCGGAGGAUAACGAGUUUGCAAAGGAGUGGCGCGAUUUGACGGAGCAGCUGUACCGGGAGGGCAAGGUCAAGCCGGCGAGGAUCGAGGUGAACCGCGGUGGAAGCGGGCUUGAGGGCGUUUUGAAGGGCUUGGAUGAGCUGAGGAACGAUAGGGUCAGCGGCGUGAAGCUCAUCUACACGAUUUGA